CACGACGCGAGAAAACUUGAUCAAUGCAACGCAAUAGCCGCGUCCUCGUCGCGCCGGCUGGCCCCGCAGCAGGACCCGCGCCGCCGUCGAUCGAGUACACUCUGCGCCGUCCAUUCCUGAUCAUUAGCUUUCUCAAGUUCAUUGCGUCGGCGGUCUACCUCGCGCUCACGAGCAUGCUCAUGGUCACGGGCACACCGUCGACCGCGAUUAAAUUUGAAGUCUACGCCAUGCAAACUGCGUCAGGCCCGCUGUAUGGGGUAUUCGCACUGCUGCACUUGGCGGCAGCGAUCGAAAUGCUUGUACCUGCACGCUGUCGGCACCAUACCACCAGUAGCACGUCGCUUCUUCGAAAGGCGCCCAUUUGGCUCCCACAAGCGAUCCAGUGCAUUGUCUCAAGUGUGCAGCUCAUACAAGCGUACAAGCUUAGCGCAAGUGCAGUCUCAAGUGCCGUCACGACCGCCUACUCGCUCACGCUUGCCGCGUCCUGCCUCCUUCCACCAUGGCUCUACUACUCGUCGCACCCGUUCGUGCGGCAUCACAUGGCGCUCUUCUUCUCGUCCUUCUUCGGUUUUCUCUUGGCCACCGGCGUCAACUUGGCAUUUUUCCUCCCGCCGAUGGUCACCGUCACGAUGCGCGACAAGCGUUUGGGGUAUGGCAUGGCGUGGACGACCGAGUAUGUGCUCUUGACGCGCUGCUUGGUUCCUGGUACACUCGUCGAUCUCGUGGAGAAGCUCGUGCUCUUUGGCAUGAGCUACGUUAGCUCGCGCCAGCUCGUGCAGAGUGUCUUUGCGGUCGCCGCGCCCGCAGCGUCCAGCCGGCUCCUCUCGGGACACCUUCGCGCGCUGGCGUCGGUCAAGGACACGCUUUCGUUUCGAAAACCGCGGUCGCGCUUCACGCAUGUGUUUUUAGCGGUGCAUCUCGUCAUUGGAAGUGCUGUGCUCGCUAUGGUGCUAACACCGCGGCCCGCCUGUCCCGCCAACUGCAAACUCGCGGUGGCGCCGUGGUUGACGUCGACGUGUCAGUGUAUUUACUACCAUUUCAACGGCCACGACAAUAUGUCCAUCGAUGCGGCGACAAUAUCGAGCGACCGUAUCGGCGACCGCCUCUUUUACCUGCAUCUCUCCAACUGCACGCAACUGCCGGAUCUGCACCUCUUGGCGCGGUUUGGUAACCUCUACGGUCUCACGGUUGAAUUUGGACAUGCCACGUCAUGGGCCAAGCACAACAAUGCGUCGUGGCCAUCGUCGUUGAUAUCGCUCAAUUUGCGCUACGUUCCACUAAACGUCAUUCCGGAAGCCCUCUUGGAGUUGCCGCCCAACUUGCAAACACUCUCAAUCACGGGCUGUCUCAACCUCUCGCAACUGCCCAACACGGUCCGCAAUUCGUGGGCGACCGUGGCAUGGCUGGUUCUCAACGACAAUGCAUUUGUUGAGAUGCCGCCGUUUUUAGCCAAUUUCUCGGCGCUUGAGCGACUCGUCGUGUCGACCAACCGCCUCACCACUCUCCCCGAGGCCGCGCUCGCGUCGCUACCACGCUUGACGCGGCUCGAAGCCGCACAAAACAGCCUCACGCAGUGGCCACGCCACCUUGUGGACGCCAAGCCCACUCUGUUUAUCGAUCUCAGCAACAACCCGAUCGCUGCCGUGCCCACGACGGGCGCCAUUGCAUCUCGACAGGCUGUGCUGGACGGCAGCGACUACUGCAAGGCGACGUUUGCAGCUGGGUGCCACGCUGUCUGCAGCCCGCUUUGCUCCAACAUUGAAGUCGGCGACAAGGUUUGUCAACUCAACUGCUGGACGGCUGCAUGUCAGUGGGAUGGCAACGACUGCGCGAACGGCGGCUCACAGUAGCUGCUAUGAUAUACUAGUACAGUACAUGGAUGUGUCUACUCGGACCAAGACAAUAUAUCGGAGUGUUAUGGC